AUGUUGUGUGACUGCUGUCAUCGCACCCUACACUACUCGAGCUUCUCCUCUCUCUUUUUUUUUGGGGGGAUUAGUCCCACUCUCCCCCUCUCUCUCUCUCCCAGGCCCCCGUCUCUGUACCUGCGCUGGCGCACGUGCAACACAGUGCCCCACGCGCAUAGGGCUGAGCAGAUUAGUCGCGAUACGCUUUGUUGGGGAACGCGCGCGCGCCUCCACGGUUGCGGCACUGGUCUCUCUCUGUCUCUCCUCUGCCGCUGCGGUGUGCCUUGUCAACCUUGUCCAGGCGGUGUCUGUCUCGCUUGGUGGUGUUCUCUUUUGCGGUGCCGUGUACACCAUCCACCAGCCCAUUCCUGCAGCUGCUACACGGCUGCGGGCCUUUCCGGUGAUCUAGUCGGACCCUAUUUCCCCUUCUCUAUUCUCACUUCAGUAGCACCGCUUUUUGGUAGUUCUGCAUUGAUGUUCAUGCUGAUGCCUCACGCGUUUUCUCCUUGCGGCCCGUCGAGUGGCCCCUCACCGCAGCAGCACCGACACAGUGGUGCGUCUGGGCGUCGACUUGCCCCUCUUCCACCGCCGCUGCGUACAGCCCCGCAUCAGCAGGGGAGUGCCGCGCGGGCUGCGCGAGACCCAACCCCGCCCCUCUCGUCAGCGCUCUCCUCAUCUUCCUCGACCGUCAUCGCCCGAGGCAGCGCUGGCAGCAGCAGCGACCCUCACCGCGAUGGUCAGCACCGCCUUCCACCUUUGCCGCAGCUGGACAGUCGAACUCGACACGAUGCGCCACCAGCGUUGCCUAAGCGAACCGUCGUAGGUGCCUCCGUACGGCGGCUGUUUGCGGGGACGGCACCCGCUAAGCGAGCUAGCCGAUCCGGAAAGAGUGCUGGUGAGGUUUUGGUGGACGACAGUACAACGACACGGCCCUCGUCGGGAGAGACGCAGCGCCAGCUCGGUCUUGCUGUAGCAAGGCAGUCCAUGCCGCAGGGCCUCCCAAAGCCACGCCCACUUGCACUACAGCGCAGAAGCGGUAGGGCAUUCGGUAGCGGCCCCGCAGAGUUUGGGAAGUCUCGCGUGGCAGGGACAACUCCCAUAGAUGCAGUCAGAUUACAACCACCCGCCCACCCGGAGCGUAAUGGACAACGGCACACGUCAUCGGGAGCAUCUCUGAGCACCGCGGCAAAUGACGCCGCCGCGACGCGCUCAGCACCAGUUGGAGUACCGGGCGCCGGUUGCCGACCAUCUGCAGAGCAGCAGAAUCAGCAACAACGAGCCAGUAAUAACCCUCCGUAUGCUCUGCAGGACAUGAACGAGCUUGUCUUCACCGACCCGCAGAACUGGAAAACCGAGGAAGAGCUCCCUGGUGUGGUCUGGUCGUUGCUCGAAGGCGUGGCGUUGGAGGCGCCCUACACCAGUGAUCUGUGGACGCAAGCCUACGUGUGCCCUGCUGGCCUAUUACAAGCGCCGAAAGGAAAUGCAUCUGUAUUGCCGGCUAUGUGUCUGCACCGCGAGGGUCAGCAGCGCACCAAUGGCUUCUAUGCAUGCGUGCGAUGUGGUACGCCAGUCUGCGACCCAUCUCAUCAAGUGAUACCGGCAUCUGGCUCUCUUCGUGGUAUCGCAGUGUUUGAUGCGCUGAAUAUGAGCGGCGUUGAGCUCCGCGUCGCCAUGCCGACUGUGCUAGACAAAGCAGCUCGGCUGUCGCGUGAGGGAUGCUCUUCGUUAACAAGUAUUCGGGUCGCCAUAUCACACGACAGACUGGAGGGUGCUGCGGAGCUCGAUGCGACCGCAGGUGGACUGCGAUUUCUCGUGCAUUGCCGCCACUGCAACGGGUGUCUGGGUGCGAUGCUGCUUGGUGAGGUGAAGUGUGCUCCCUCUGCUGACGCGCCCAGACCCAGUGUCCUGGCAGUGACCUCCGCUGCCCCACCUGCAACGGCGCUAUUCUGCGCGAACAGCGUGUGCCUCGAGUACAUGCCCUACCGCACGCAUACCCGACUUGAUCAGGCGAUACUGGAUAAGCCGACUUCUGAUUCGGAAGCAGGCAGCAGCGGCCGUAGAGGUGGGAGGGCUAGCAUGCUGGGUGGAGCCUCUGCAGCGGUGUCCGUAGAGCCGGGGGCUACAUUGGGAUCGCUCUUUAUUCCACAGCCCAGGUCGGUGGCGUGGGGCGUCGGGGAAGGCGUGGACGGUGAUCGUAGCGGGAAGCAGGGGGGCACCAGCUACGCCGGCGACGACACCUCGCUCGACAGCUUGCUGGAAGAGCUGAACCCGUACGGCGAUUCAGCCCCGAUUUCCAGCAGUGAUGACUCAGACGACUGA